AUGGGGUCUCAGUGGCAGCCAUAUCAGGAUCCCUUGAUGGGGCAGCCUGCGCAGUUCAAUAAUGGAUUGGCGUCGACGCCCCAACAGCUCGCACCCAAAUAUGGUGGUCAGCCACAACAAUCACAGCCACCGGUGGGAUACACCUACGAGGCCUUCCAGACGCCCGGAAUAGCAGCAAAACCUCCUUCGGCCGGUGCAAACUCCAAAUCGGUGUCUAUGGCGUCGUCUCCAGCCGCAACGCCACGUAGUCGGGAUUAUGUCACCGAUGCGGACACGACGAUGGAGGAUGCGGAUCCGUACAACCGCGCCAAAUACUCGACGAGGCCAAAUCAUCACAGUCGUCCUUCGUCCCAGUUCUUCUCCCCUGAGGAGUCCUCGGCCGCCCGAAGGUACUCCCCGAUGAACGCUCUGUCACCAGCCAUGUCUUACAGUACUAGUCCUGGAAAGUCGCAGAACUCGUAUGCUUUCCCUCCCGGACCAAACAAUUCCCGCCGGUCGCCCACAAGAGCUUCCAAUUAUACUUCACCUCCGCAAGCGUAUCAAUCGCCUCCGUCUGCCUCGCGUGCUCCUCGGCUUCCCCCGUUGCAAUCGACCGAGAUGAACGCCGAUCAAUUCUACCCUCCGCCAGCAGGACCUCAGGCCAACCUUCCCUACGGAGCAGAUGGGAGAUCGCUCCGGUCGGCAUCGCUGUCUGGUGCGAGCAACAAACCAGGUCAAGGACCGGUGCCCAAGUUCCACAAGAUCAAAUCGGUUCAAGAGCUCCAUCCCCGCAUUCAUCAGCAGCCUCCGUACAGACGUGCCAAUCCAGAAGGUGGCUUCAUCAGCCCUCUUCAAGCACUGACAACCCACCUUCCGGCUACCUACCGCAUAUGCAAUCCUGGCUUCAACUACGAGUCCUCGCGCAACCCAAGGCGUGUUUUAACGAAGCCUAGUAAAGGGGUAAAAAAUGAUGGCUACGAUAACGAGGACAGUGACUACAUUCUAUAUGUCAACGACAUUCUCGGCAGCGAAGAAGCAGGUCACAAAAACCGCUACCUUAUUCUGGAUGUGUUGGGCCAAGGUACAUUCGGCCAAGUCGUCAAGUGCCAAAAUCUGAAAACGCAAGAAGUUGUCGCUGUCAAAGUCAUCAAGAACAAGACCGCAUACUUCAAUCAGAGUAUGAUGGAAGUCUCGGUUCUGGAUCUGUUAAACAGCAAGUAUGACAAGAACGACGACCACCACCUGCUUCGAUUGAAAGACACUUUCAUCCACCGGCAGCAUCUCUGUCUGGUUUUCGAAUUGCUCAGCGUCAACCUGUAUGAAUUGAUCAAACAAAAUCAAUUCCGCGGUCUGAGCACGACCCUGGUCCGUGUGUUUGCUCAGCAGCUUCUGAAUGCGUUGAGCCUUCUGAACAAGGCUCAUUUGAUUCACUGUGAUCUCAAACCUGAGAAUAUAUUAUUGAAAAAUCUGGAGAGUCCAAUUAUCAAGGUCAUCGAUUUCGGGUCGGCCUGCGACGAGCGACAAACGGUCUACACGUAUAUACAGUCAAGAUUCUACCGUUCUCCUGAAGUCCUAUUAGGUCUACCGUACUCCUCCGCUAUCGAUAUGUGGUCCCUUGGCUGCAUUGUCGUCGAGCUCUUCCUCGGUUUGCCCCUCUUCCCUGGCUCUUCCGAGUACAAUCAGGUAUGUCGGAUCGUGGAAAUGCUAGGCUUGCCUCCGACAUGGAUGCUGGAAAUGGGCAAGCAGUCUGGCGAAUUCUUCGAGAAAACUCAGGAUGAGUUUGGUCGUAAGACGUACCGCCUGAAGAGUUUGGAACAAUAUUCUCGGGAACACAAUACAAAAGAACAACCGAGCAAGAAGUACUUCCAAGCAUCUACACUGGAGGAGAUCAUCCGAAGCUACCCAAUGCCUCGGAAAAACAUGAAACAAGCUGAAAUUGAGCGAGAGUUGAACAAUCGGGUGGCUUUCAUCGACUUUGUUCGUGGGCUGCUCUCAAUUAAUCCUCUCGAGCGUUGGUCGCCGCAGCAAGCCAAACUCCACCCCUUCAUUACGCAGCAAAAGUUUACCGGUCCCUUCGUGCCGCCAAUGAACCUCAAAUAUUCCUCGCUCAACAAAACCAUUGCCCCCGGGAUCCAGCAGCAACAGCAGGCUGAGGCUGCAAGCAAACAACGGGCAGCCCAGGCGGCGCAUGCACAGUCAGCGGCGCAGAACGCAUAUUCAAUGCAGUUGAACCAAUUCCACACGCCAUCACAUGCUCAGCCUCCCCCCAUGUACAAUGGCAUGUUCACGGGCCAUCAACAAGGUGCCCCUCCUCCGUACCCCACUCAACCGCCAGGCUACGGUCAUCAGAUGAACAUAAUCCCAGGCCAAAUGCCUCAGUCCCAGUACGCACCGUCUCAGAGCCUCUAUGCUCAGGCAACUACUCGCGCUGGACGUCAACGUGCAUCUACUAUGGAUCAUCAAGGGGCGGGCAUUCCGCCCACUAUACAGCGCGUUGCUAGUCAUUUGGACCCCAAUGCCCCAAUCCGACUUCAACCCAGUCCAGCGUACUACCCGCCACCUCCUGAUGGGUACGUGGAUAGCAAUGCGCAGAGACGUCGGGGAAGCCGCACUGGCGCUACCGGACAGCGCAAUCGAGACUUCGUUCGGACCCUUGAGGACGGCGUUCUCGGUGGUGACAACUAUAUGAGUCAAGGUCAGUGGCACUGA